CCGUUGUCUCGUUUUGGGAAUGUAUUAAAAAAAAAAGCCAAUGAAAUUGAAGAGCUGCAAAAUGAGGACGAUUCUGCCAUCACUCUUCGUGAAAAUAAGUUUCACCUUGCUUUUCCACCCCCACUCCUACCAUGUCCGCGCGUACUACGACAAGUGGACUCCGAUGGAGCAGGGCAUGACGCUUGGGUUUCCCCGCCUCUACAAGG